CCGUUCCGUUAUCUAAUGUGUGAACCGACCCUUACGUCGACCUUCUUUCAUUUGGCUACGAACCACCGUCCAUUGAAGAUGAACCGGAACAUCGCGCUUGCCACUGCUACCAUCCUGAUCCUGGCCUUGUCCACGGUCUACGCAGAAGUCGUACAUUCAACACCGUGUCCAUCCAGCUCUGAGGAAACUUCACAAUGCACCAUACACGAAGUACGUGUUGAUCCAUGCAGGGAAGCUGAAGAAAGAAAGCCUUGUACUUUAAAGAAAGGUCGCAAUGCAAGCAUAAGUUUUGACUACACUACUCAAUUUAGUGGACAGUUGUCUAGCAGGGCAUACUGGGCUUCUGAAAUCGUAGAUUUGCCAUUCUUAGGCAUGCCGCUCGAUGCCUGCUUAUCCACCGUUUGUCCAGCUUUACCUGGUCAAAAGCAAACAUAUUCAAUAUUCUUGCCUAUCUCUAAGAAAUUCCCUGCGCGAACGUAUGAUCUCAAGUGGAAGUUGUGGAAUGAACAAGAACAAGAGUGCUGUUUCAUGUUCCCAAUUAAAUUAGUAAAAUGAAUAUGUUCCUAAAAUAAAAUUGUUCUUAAAUUUUCAACGUAUCAUUCUUCUCAAUGAUUAUAAAAUUCACCAAUCAAUAAUUUAAUAAAACAAACGAUACAAUCAUGUUAAUAA